CCCGCACCUACACAAUGGCUGGCAAGUGGAUCAGGCCAUCCUCUCGGAAGAAGACCGCGUGGUCGUCAUUCGGUUUGGACACGACUGGGACCCUACUUGUAUGAAGAUGGACGAGGUUCUGUACAGCAUAGCUGAAAAGAAACGGCAGAUAAUGGGGGAUCUUCCUCGUCUUGUUGCGAGCCCUGUUUGGAUACCCCAGCUGUUUUAAAUUCCCCAACCAGGGAUUGAACUCGGGCCCUGGCAGUGAAAGCACCAAGUCCUAACCACUGGACCGCCAGGGAAUUUCCUGAUUGUCAUAAGUAAAAUAUGUCUGCUUAGCGAAAUUGGAUGUGGGCAGAACCUUAAAAACCAGCGGGGCAACUUUUGCCAGGAAGCAGUUCCGCCAGCGCGUGGCUGUGCUUGCCCGGUCCUCCGCCUCGGUGGCCCCCUGCGGCCACGUGAACACGUGGUGCUCGGCUCCCUCUCUCCGCCUCCUGCAGGUUAAAAAUUUCGCAGUUAUUUAUCUUGUGGAUAUUACAGAAGUACCUGACUUCAACAAAAUGUAUGAAUUAUACGAUCCGUGCACUGUCAUGUUUUUCUUCAGGAACAAGCACAUCAUGAUCGACCUGGGCACCGGCAACAACAACAAGAUCAACUGGGCCAUGGAAGACAAGCAGGAGAUGAUUGACAUCAUCGAGACGGUGUACCGGGGGGCCCGGAAGGGUCGCGGCCUGGUCGUGUCCCCGAAGGACUACUCCACCAAGUACAGAUACUGAGCCCUCGCCCAGCCCUGGUGCACGCGGUGCCGCGGAGUCGUUCUCACGUGGAGAUAUUUUCAACUAUUUAAAGCCUUUGAGAAAGCGUUUGGGGAAGUACACGUAGCUCAAGGAGCUGGAGGGUUUUGCAGUGAGGGUGGCAUUGCCCCAACUUUCGGUCUGCCUGGUCCUUGUAUUUUUGUAUCAGCAAAUAUCUGUAAAUAUCUAGCUGAAAUAAAUAAAAUACAUGGUGAUGGGAA